ACCCCACCUACCCCACCCUACCCCUGGCGGCCUCAGGUUUGUGGGGCAUACGUAAGUCGGGCGGGGGGGUGAAGGUGGCAGGUCCCCACUGCCCCACCCCCUACGGGGUGAGGCGGGCUAAGCUCGGAGAGCUGGGACACAGUAGUCUGCCCUUCCCGGGGGGAAGUUGGUGGAGUUUUUCCGGCAGAGGACUCGGCGCAGAAACUUCCUCCGUCCCCUUAUCCCCCCCUCCAUGCAGGCGACGCCGAGUGAGCCUGAGGCAGGGGGCGAAUCGCCGCAGAGCUGCGUGUCGGAAGCGCACUCUGAUUGGACAGCGGGAAAGCCUGUCAGCCUACUGGCCCCGCUGAUCCCGCCCCGUAGUGCCGGGCAGCCUUUAACCUUUGGCCCCAGCGGGCGCCAGCCACUCAGAUCGCUUCUUGUUGGCAUAUGCAGCGGCAGUGGCCGCCGGCGGAGCAGUCACAGCCCGAUGAUGAGGCCGGGGACGGGAGCCGAGCGUGGAGGCCUCAUGGUGAGUGAAAUGGAGAGCCAUCCUCCCGCGCAGGGUCCUGGGGACGGGGAGCGGAGAUUGUCCGGCUCAAGCCUCUGCUCCAGCUCUUGGGUCUCUUCUGACGGCUUCCUGAGGAGACGGCCCUCGAUGGGGCAUCCUGGCAUUCAUUAUGCCUCAAUGGGAAUGCACCCUAUGGGGCAAAGAGCGAAUAUGCCUCCUGUACCACAUGGAAUGAUGCCACAAAUGAUGCCCCCAAUGGGAGGUCCACCAAUGGGACAAAUGCCUGGAAUGAUGUCUUCAGUAAUGCCUGGAAUGAUGAUGUCUCAUAUGUCUCAGGCUUCCAUGCAGCCUGCCUUACCGCCAGGAGUAAAUAAUAUGGAUAUGACAGCAGGUACAUCAGGCACAAAGUCAAUGUGGACUGAACAUAAAUCACCUGAUGGAAGGACUUACUACUACAAUACUGAAACAAAACAGUCUACUUGGGAGAAACCAGAUGAUCUUAAAACACCUGCUGAGCAACUUUUAUCUAAAUGCCCCUGGAAGGAGUACAAGUCUGACUCUGGGAAGCCAUACUAUUAUAAUUCUCAAACAAAAGAAUCCCGUUGGGCCAAACCCAAAGAACUUGAGGAUCUUGAAGGAUACCAGAAUACCAUUGUUGCUGGAAGUCUUAUUACAAAAUCAAACCUGCAUGCAAUGAUCAAAGCUGAAGAAAGCAGUAAGCAAGAAGAAUGCACCACAGCAUCAACAGCCCCAGUUCCUACAACAGAAAUUCCUUCCACAAUGAGCACCAUGGCUGCUGCAGAAGCGGCAGCUGCUGUUGUUGCAGCUGCCGCAGCUGCUGCAGCAGCUGCUGCUGCAGCCAACGCCAGUGCCUCCACCUCUGCUAAUACUGUCGGUGGAACUGUUCCUGUUGUACCUGAGCCUGAAGUUACUUCAAUUGUUGCUACUGUUGUAGAUAAUGAAAACACAGUAACCAUUUCAACUGAAGAACAAGCACAACUUACUACUACCCCUGCUGUUCAGGAUCAAAAUGUUGACAGUAAUGCUGGAGAAGAAACAUCUAAGGAAACUGUAGCUGAUUUUACUCCCAAGAAAGAAGAGGAUGAAAGCCAACCAGCAAAAAAAACAUAUACUUGGAAUACAAAGGAGGAGGCAAAGCAAGCAUUUAAAGAGUUAUUGAAAGAAAAGCGGGUACCAUCUAAUGCUUCAUGGGAGCAAGCUAUGAAAAUGAUUAUUAAUGAUCCACGAUACAGUGCUUUAGCAAAGUUGAGUGAAAAAAAGCAGGCCUUUAAUGCCUAUAAAGUUCAGACAGAGAAAGAAGAAAAAGAAGAAGCAAGAUCGAAAUACAAAGAGGCUAAGGAAUCCUUUCAGCGUUUUCUUGAAAAUCACGAGAAAAUGACCUCCACAACCAGAUACAAAAAAGCAGAGCAAAUGUUUGGCGAGAUGGAAGUCUGGAAUGCAAUAUCAGAGCGUGAUCGUCUUGAAAUCUAUGAAGAUGUUUUAUUCUUUCUUUCAAAAAAAGAAAAGGAGCAAGCAAAGCAAUUGAGAAAAAGAAAUUGGGAAGCCUUAAAAAACAUACUUGACAACAUGGCUAAUGUAACAUAUUCUACUACUUGGUCUGAAGCCCAGCAGUAUUUGAUGGAUAAUCCAACUUUUGCAGAAGAUGAGGAAUUACAGAACAUGGAUAAAGAAGAUGCAUUAAUUUGCUUUGAAGAACACAUUCGGGCUUUAGAAAAGGAGGAGGAAGAAGAAAAACAGAAGAGUUUGCUGAGAGAAAGGCGGCGACAGCGUAAAAAUAGAGAAUCUUUUCAGAUAUUUUUAGAUGAAUUGCAUGAACACGGACAACUACAUUCUAUGUCAUCUUGGAUGGAAUUGUAUCCAACAAUUAGUUCUGACAUUAGAUUCACUAACAUGCUUGGUCAGCCUGUUUUUUCAUUAGGAUCAACUGCACUUGACCUUUUCAAGUUUUAUGUUGAGGAUCUUAAAGCACGUUAUCAUGAUGAAAAGAAGAUAAUAAAAGAUAUUCUAAAGGAUAAAGGAUUUGUAGUUGAAGUAAAUACUACUUUUGAAGAUUUUGUGGCAAUAAUCAGUUCAACUAAAAGAUCAACCACAUUAGAUGCCGGAAAUAUUAAAUUGGCUUUUAAUAGUUUACUAGAAAAGGCAGAAGCCCGUGAACGUGAAAGAGAAAAAGAGGAGGCUCGAAAGAUGAAACGAAAAGAAUCUGCAUUUAAGAGUAUGUUGAAACAAGCUGCUCCCCCUAUAGAAUUGGAUGCUGUCUGGGAAGAUAUCCGGGAGAGAUUUGUAAAAGAGCCGGCAUUUGAGGACAUAACUCUAGAGUCUGAAAGAAAACGAAUAUUUAAAGAUUUUAUGCAUGUGCUUGAGCAUGAAUGUCAACAUCAUCAUUCAAAGAACAAAAAACAUUCUAAAAAAUCUAAAAAACACCACAGGAAACGUUCCCGCUCUCGAUCGGGGUCAGAUUCAGAUGACGACGACAGCCAUACAAAGAAAAAAAGACAGCGAUCAGAGUCUCGUUCUGCUUCAGAACAUUCUUCUAGUGCAGAGUCUGAGAGAAGUUACAAGAAGUCUAAAAAACAUAAGAAGAAAAGCAAGAAGAGGAGACAUAAAUCUGACUCUCCAGAGUCAGAUGCUGAGCGAGAGAAGGAUAAGAAAGAAAAAGACCGGGAAAGUGAAAAAGACAGAACUAGACAAAGAUCAGAAUCAAAACACAAAUCACCUAAGAAAAAGACUGGAAAGGAUUCUUCUGGUAAUUGGGAUACUUCUGGCAGUGAACUGAGUGAAGGAGAAUUGGAAAAGCGCAGAAGGACCCUUUUGGAGCAACUGGAUGAUGAUCAAUAAAUUAUACCAAAUAUAUGUUUACAGUAUGAUUUAAAGUCUAAUUCAGACCAGGGACUCUAUUUUAAGUUCAGUUGAAAUAACACUGGGUUUUAAUUAUAUCACAGAAAAAAAAAGUGCAUUUAAGUAUUGUUAUUGUGGACUUUAUAAAAGCAGAGGAAAUUGAAAAUAACUUUUGAUUCUGUAUUAAGAAUCAUAUUUUCAUACGGUCAUAACUGUUUUCCUGUGACCCUUUCAUAGGGCACUGCAGGGUGGAUUAAAGGUGGCAAUUUACCAAUAACUGCAGAUGUCUCUACUUUCUUCUGAAGUCUAAGUCAUUGAGGUGAUAGCAUUUUCUUUAUGGAAGUUGAAUUUUGAAGAUAGGAAACUUUUUUGAUACUUAGUCGUACAAAAAAAGCACCAGCAACUGAUAAAAUUGCUUUUUUGUGUACUACCCAACUGGUUGAAACUAAUCUGAUCUUUUAUGGUGAACCCACAAAUAGGUGUUCUUAAUGGAAACCUGGUAGACCCUUAACUAUAGUGGUGCUAGUGAGCACUGCUAUAAUAAAGCCACCAUUAUUUUUUAUGCAACAUCUGAAUACAUUUAAAAAAGGCUAUUGUGAGGGCAUUAUUUUGAGGUGAUGUUUUAAAAAUUAACAUUAAAUCAAAUUGUAAAUUAGUUUAAAUAUAUUGCCUUAAGGACCUACUAAAGAAUGUGCCACCAACUUUAAGUGAUAGAUGCAAUAUCCUUGUCUAAAACAAAAAUCAAUGUUGACUUAAACAUUUUAACAGUUGUCUUUUUUUUUUUUUUUUAUCGGACCUUUCUCUUGCUUUUUUCAUUGAGGAAGUCUUUUACCUUCCCUACUCACUGAGAAGUAUUGACUUCAUGAUACACAUUCUAAAGCAUUUCUGAUUUGAAUAUUUUUGUACAUUUUUAUCAAUUAUUAAACCUUCUCUUCUAGCGUGUA